CGCAUCUACUUCGCGCUCGGCAUGGAUGUCAACACCACCAACGACGAAUACAUCUACACCGGCGUGUGGACCGACUGGUCGCAUGGACGGCUUCAUGGAACGACACUCACUCUCUCGGCGCAGUCGGCCGGUUUCCUCACAGCCUUUCUCUCGCUCUUCGUGACCGUCUCGGCGGCGCACAUCUGGCGCAUCAUCACCUACAUCGUGCAUCAGCUGCACUCGUCCCCUGAGCCCAAAGAUGCUUUCCAUCACCAGCAGCAAGUCAUGUUCAAGAACACGUCCUCGCCGGCGUCCCUGGCAUGGGAGUCAAUCCUGCUAGCCUGGAGCUGGCGACGCAGUACUCGUCGUUCUGUCGCGCGCAGCAUUGGCUUCAUCCUCCUGGCCCUGGUCUGGAUGGUAGCUGCUGGUGGUGCCGCCGUGCUCUCGGCGAGAAUGACCAAGCCAGCAGGCGAUGACUGUCUCAUCAUGAGCAACAACUGCGGCACCUGGUCGGAGUCAAAUAGCUCCAACGUCAACGACCCGAACAGCAUAGAGCUCUUCAGCGCAAUCCAGCUCCAAGCCCUCAACUCCGCCACGGCCUACUCGCGCACCUGCUACGCUCCUGAAAGCGAGAACCUCGCCCAAUGCCAGCUCUACACGCAGUCCCGACUGCCCUUCCAGGCCCGAAAGAACGUCUCCUGUCCGUUCGCCGACGGCAUAUGUUUCGAGGGCGACAACGCCGCGUUCUCCCUCGACACCGGCCUCCUCGACAGCAAUCACCAUCUCGGCAUCAACACCAUCGAAGAGGAGCGCAUCCUCUUCCGCAAAGCCGUCACCUGCUCGCCCUUGAUCCGCGAGCCCUUUGUCACCGUCCACAACGACUCCAACCCCCUCCCCGACUACCCCUUCGCCAACACCACCGUCGCCGCCUACCACUACGGCCCCAAACUCACCGACCACAUCCAGAACGAGACCUUCCGAUACGACGUCAUGAGCGCGCGCGCCCCCAUCGCCUACACCGUCAGCCCGGAAUGGUCCUCCACCGGCACCGCCUCCAUCAACAAGACCUGGAUCCCCAUCCCCGCGCUCAACCGCACCGACGCCGACGUCAACAUCAUCUUCAUCAACGCCAACAACCUCCGCUACGACUACCCCGUCGACGACCCCAUCUUCGGCGCGCACCGCUCCGCCCUCGAAGAACUCCAACAGCUCCCCGACGUCAACGCCUCCAUCGCCGAGCUCAACAACUGGUGGCUCCCAGACUCCUACACCACCGUCCUCGGCUGCACCGACCAAUACCAGGUCUGCAGCGUCGGCACAGGCUCCUGCACCCCUCUCAACGGCAUGGGCGAUCUCACCUACAAUAUGAUCCAAACCUCCGUCGACCUGGGCCUGAACCCGCGCCAAGCCCACGUCUUCGCCCUCGUCACCUCCUACCUCGUCAUCAACAACAUGUUCUACAGCGUCUACGGCCGCAGCGGCGCGUCGCUCCGCGCCCAGGAAACCGUCGCCGACCUCAGCCAAAAGGCCCCCCUGCCACCUACCCAAUGGCAAAUCGAGAUCCAAUCCUGGUUCGAAGCCAGCCUGGCCAAGCUGCAAGAACGCAGCGUCGAAUUCGCCACCGGACCCCGCCACUACCGCGCCCAACGCUUCCGGCUCCCCGCAACUGCGUCCUCGUUUCUCUGCGAGGCCCAAAAGGUCCGCUGCCCGGCGGGGAACAUCUCGUUCUCCGUCCUCGGCGUAGCAGCCAUCAUCGGCGUCGGGUGCGUGAUCAUCCUCCUGGGUUGGUCGCUGGAUACAGUGAUGGGGUGGCUCGGGCCGAGAUGGUUCCCGCGCAGCCAGUAUAAGCGGGUGAAUUGGACGCUGGACGAUAAGUUCCAGCUGCAGCGGAUGGCGUUCGAGGGGUGCGGGUUUGGGGAUUGGGAAGGGCAGACGGCGGCGGUGCCGGUUACGGCGAAAGGGCAGGUGUUUGGGGGGUGGAGGGAUGUGGAUGAGAAGCAUCCGUUUUUAGGGGGGAGGGAUCGCGUGCUGGUUACAGAGGAGAGGGUGGAUGCGCGGACUGAGGUGGUGAAAUAGGGGGUUUACACUAUUUGGAGUAGGGACGCUGUCUGGAUGGACCAUGCUAAUUGUACAGUGCAUGUUCUCGCAUAUAUGAUUUAAUAGAAGCCUAAUGAUAACCGAUAUGUCUUGUUUAUGGUGUUGGCAGAAUGGUACUACUAUAUAUCC